AUCCAGAGCUCUGGGACUGAAAAUUAUGAGACAGAUCCCUCGGUUCUGACAGUAAUAGAUCUGACAUUUACUGUUAAAACCUGACGGACUCAAACCAGUCUCAACCAGCUCCUCAUUCAACAUUAUUCACAUCGGAUUUUGCAAGUAACAUUUUGUUCAGAGUGCUAUGUAUUGCUUAGUAAAUGAAAAACUCUAUGCAACGCUCAUGCAAAAUCACUGAAACGUGUCAGUCAGUGACCUCCAUCAGACUCCCAAAGCACUACAAAUGUAAUCUUUGGCCAGUAGCAGUGUGUGGGUAAAAUCACUGUGGAAGCAAGCCAGGAAAAAGGCCAUAUUACAACCUGUGUUGAGAUAAUUGCGUUGUUUGCUCUAUAACCCGUUAGUUGACACGCCACAGUGAUAUAUAAUAAGGCAGAGACAACAAAAAGACAACAGUCACACAGUGGCUGAAUAAAUUCAUCAGAAAGAGCGACUUACGGUUAGUGCUCCAUUCAUGUUUUUUGUCUUCAGUACUUCAGUUCAGUGUCAUACAACAUGACUAGACAUGACUAGACAUGACCAGUGCUUUCAUAUGUUCAAUUAUCAAAAAAUUAUGAACUCAUGGAUCAGGGCCGGACUACCGCAUUUGGGGCACCGACCUCCGGGGGUUUUGUUUUGGGGAAAUAAGCGAACUUACUACAUUUCAACACAUUUUGCCAUGGUGCAGAGAGACAAAUGUUCAGUUUUAAAGCUAAUUUUCUGCAAUAUUACACUUUUUGUCAUGGGACAGAGAUUAAAUGUUUCUGUUUUAUAGGUCAUCUCAUGCUUUUGUUCACAUUUCGCCAUGAGGCUGAGAGAAAAUAUUGGAGUUUUAAAGCAAAUUUCCUGCUUUUCUACACAUUUUGCCAUGAGGCAGAGAGAAAUGUUGCAGUUUUAAAGCACAUUUCCUGCAAUUCUAAAUGUUUCUAUCAUAUGCUAUCUGCCACUCCACCCCACCCCCCGUUCGGUAAUCCGGCCCUGUAAUGGAUUCUGUCUUUUCCCACCUUUAAAUGCAUUGAACAGCUGUGACAAACAUCUGUCCUUCCAUAUCCUUUGUGCAUGGUGACUGUGCUAUUAUCCACUUAAUUACUGUAUUGCUAUUCUCUUGUUUCUCUCACUAUUUAUGAUGUCUCCAUCCUUGCAGCUUGCCUCCACUCAGCAAAGGGUUAAAGAACACAACCCUACCCCCAGCUCAUUCCUCCUCCACAUUACCCCCGCCCCCUUCCCUCCAACAGCUCUCUAGCCAAUCAAGGGCCUUGGAUCCUCUGGGCCAAUGGGAUGGCUGGGAGGUGAUGUCAUGCAGUAAUAGCUGGUUGUGGUGCUGAUGCUGUUGAGAGAGCAGCCCAAACAGCAGCAGAACGACAGAGAAAGAGGGAAAGAAAAAAAGAGAGAUAAAGAAGAAAAGGAGAGUACCACCAGCAUUGGGACUAUCUGAUUCACCACAGUGUCUUUAGAAGAUAAACAAGAGGCAGAAUGACUCUCGCAGCCUACAGAGACAAGAUACGGGAGCUCCCUCUAGUGUCCAUCUUCUGUUCCUGCAUCCUACCUGAAACCAAAGAAAAGCCCACUAAGAAAGAUGUGGUAGACCUGAAUCUGUGCAUCAUCAGGGAUAUGGAGGUGAUUGAGCUGAACAAGAGGAGGUCCGGCCAGGCCUUCGAGGUCAUCCUGAAGCCCCCCUCGUUUGACGGGGGUCCGAACCCCCUCGCCACCACACCCCCACGCAGGGAGCCCUCCCUGGAGGAGAUCCAGAGAAAGCUGGACGCCGCCGAGGAGAGGAGAAAGUGCCAGGAGGCUGAGUUGCUGAAGCACCUGGCUGAGAAGCGGGAACACGAGCGUGAGGUGGCCCAGAAGGCCCUUGAGGAACACAACAACUUCAUUCGGCUGGCCAAGGAGCGCCUGGAGCUGCGCAUGGAGAACAACAAGGAGAAACGGGAGGCACACCUGGCUGCCAUGCUGGAACGCCUGCAGGAGAAGGACAAGCACGCUGUGGAGGUGAGGAAAAACAGAGAGCACAAGGAGGAGAGCGCGUAGAGAGAGAGAGAUGGGGAGAAAGAAAGAGAGAGCGUGGAGCCUCUGUUUUGUUGAGUGAGAAUAGGAGAGAAGGGAAAACAAAAGAAAAAGAGACUAGCAUGACAGGUUUUUAAAAUGGACAUGGGAUUUGUUUGACAGACGAGAAUCCACAAUGAUGGUGUUGAAGGAGGAGAAGUGCACACAAGGCAGUUUCCUGGAGAGACAGAAAAUCAAGUUGUAGUUUUGUAGUGCUCUUGAGUGUAGCAGAGUAUAAGAGCACUAUGCACAAUUUAGUAGAUAAUUGCACCUUCUGUAGGCUUGGCAUUUAUAAUAGACCAUGAACACAUAAUUAUUUGCAAGAGAUCUAAACAUAGCUUACCUUUUUAAAGUUCUGGUCAAUAAAAUCACUGACACAUAUACUUACAUUUAAAGCAUUCUACAUAUCAUGAUUGAUGACACUUUUCACCACUUAAUGGCAUGUCAGCUUAUGUAGAUAAAUAGUCAUAGAAUGGGCUACUGAUGCUACCGGCUUCGCAAUUUUUAUCUAUUUCAAAUAGGAAAGCUCCAUGAUCUUAAGCGUUAAUUAUCUCCAUCUUUAUUGUGUAGUAAAUGGCUGUUGUGUUUCACUGUGGUGUGUAGUGUAGUGUUGAUUGUGCACUGCUAGUUUAUUUUGUGUGUUUUCAGACAUAGUAGAUUUGAUUAUUUGGAGAAUAGACUGUAUUACACUUAUAUGUACUAGUUACAGAUGUAAACUCAGCAAAAAAAGAAACGUCCCUUUUUCAGGACCUUGUCUUUCAAAGAUAAUUUGUAGAAAUCCAA